UCAACAACAGCCACUAGAAAGGAAGACUACUUUUAAUGGCCGACGAAGCCGUGUAUUUGCUUCACCCAGCUUGUUUACUCGUCAAUGCAAUAACGAUAUUCAUCAUCCUAUAUCCACCAACAAAGUCCUCACCUCGCUAUGAAUGUAGAAGAUGAUGCCAUACGGAUUCGGUCUUUCUCUCAUGAACAUCAGUCUGAGAAUCUUUCUUCCCAUGUAGACAUUCACUCGACGAAUUCCGUGGGAUCAGUGCCAACAAGACUUGAGUCUCCUACUGAUAAACUAACCAGUUUUGGAAACAUUCAUUUUGAUGAAGAAGUCAAGAGUAAAGGAUUGAGCUCCAUAAAAAGAUCUAUUGAAGGAAAUUUGCUAUUUCUUCAUCUGUGGAACGAUGUGCUUGUGUUGAUGUGUGUAAUUGCGACCUUACUGGACCCUCUGUUCUGUUACAUCCUAUUAGUUGAUGAAGAGAAAAGCUGUAUAGAGUUUGACAAUAAGUUAAUGGUCACGGUUGUAGUUUUACGUUCGCUUGUUGAUUUUGGCUACAUACUUCUCAUUGUUUUUCAUUUUCGCAUUGGUUAUACUGCCCCGAAUGAUGCAAGUAGUGGAAGACUUUGCACAUUAGCUACAAGAUAUCUUUUAUCUUACUUUACCGUUGACGUUCUUGCUGUUCUUCCUCUCCCACAGGUGGUGAUUCUAAUAGUCACUCAAGGAACAAAAGCUUCUCAUUUAACCGCUCUAAGGUCAUUGAAAUUUAUCCUUAUAUUUCAGUAUUUUCCAAGGGUGUCUCGAGUUUACUUAUUCUUAAAGAAAGUUAGAUGGAGUUCUGGAAUUUUGCCCGACUCUGCUGGAGUCAAAGCUUUAUUCAAUCUCUUCCUGUAUAUGCUUGCAAGUCAUGCCUUUGGAGCCUUUUGGUACUUGUUUUCUGUUGAGCGUAAAGCAUCCUGCGUGCAAAUAAGGUGUAAUAGUCAUCCAUAUUGCUCUCGGAUGAAUAACAACAGCUCUUUUGAGAGAUCAUGCAUAAAUGAUGUUUGCUCUGGAACAGCAUCAAAUGUCACAACAGCUUUAGACUACGGAAUAUUUGAUGAUGCCCUGAAUUCUGGCGUUGUCUCUUCGACUGAUUUCAUAUGGAAGUUCUCUUAUUGUUGUUGGUGGGGUCUGCAGAAUCUAAGUUCUUUGGGUCAAGGCCUCAAAACUAGCAAGGAUAUAUGGGAAAUUUACUUUGCCAUCUCCAUAACGAUUGCGGGCCUGGUAUUGUUUGCACUUCUAAUAGGAAAUUUGCAGACAUAUCUUCAGGCAACAAUUGCUAGACUGGAGGAAAUGAGAUUGAAGGGGCAAGAUAUUGAACUGUGGAUGGCCUACCAUUCUCUCCCGCGUGAUCUAAGGAAUCGGAUCAAACAAUACGAGAAGUAUAAAUGGCGGAAGACUAGAGGUGUUGAUGUUGCUAACAUUCUCAAUAAUCUUCCUAAAGACCUUAGAAGGGACACAACAAGACAUCUUUGCUUACGUGCAAUCAAAAGUGUUUCAAUGUUUCAAAACACGGACGAGAAAUUCUUGGAUGCCGUCUGUAGUUAUCUGAAGCCAAGGCUAUAUAUUGAACGUAACUUCAUCGUUCGUGAAGGAGAACCGCUAGACGAGAUGAUCUUCAUAAUCCAUGGAAAAUUAUGGAUCUAUUCCAAUUCCAGUAGGAGUGAUGAAAUAUCAGGUUCUUCUGAGAGCCUUACAAAAGGUGAUUUCUUUGGAGAAGAUCUCUUGAAAUGGGUAUUGAAAGAUCCACUCUUAACCACUGUUCCCAUGUCCACAAAAACUGUGUCUACACACACCAAAGUGGAAGCAUUUGUUUUAACUGCAAAUGAUUUGAAGAAUGUGGUCUCCAAAUUCUGGUGGCUCAUCAGUCGAGAGCUUAGAAAUGAUCCAAACUUAAAAGAACGAUGGGCUGCAUGGGCUGCUGUCGUCUUGCAAGCUGCGUGGCGUCGUUACUUCAAGAAUAAGCGUGAAAGAGAGAAAUGUGAGCAAAGCGUAGUGGUUGAAAUUGGGAAUCCACAACCUGCAGCCACCACCACAAGCCUUCAUGCCUCUAGAUUUAUUGCUCGCAUAGUACGUGCUUUAAAUCAUAGAAGAAAAAAAGGGAUUGGAAGCAAUGACGAAGCUGGACCUAGCAACAGCAAUGGCUUGCAAGAACAGAGCAAUGAAACACCCUUUCCUCCGGAGUCUCCACAUGUUCUCUGAAAGUGAUUGAAGUUCAAUUUUGUUGAAGUCUUAAAUCCCGAAUUCAAAGUUCAUGGAUACGUAUGUAUGUGACCAUAUCUUCAUUACUUGGGUGUGGACAAUCUACCAUGAAGAUAUAUGGCUGCAAUCCUUCAUUACUUUUCAUAUCCCCACCAAAAUUAAUCAACUCUUCAGUACCCUUUUAAACUUAACGACUAAAAAUAUUACAUUUUAAAAACCUGAGAACUGUGUUGCCUAACCAACUUCAAAUAUUAAUAUUUGGUCUAUCCAAUUGAAA